CAUUAGUUUUUCGUAGAGUUUUCAGUGAAGCCAUAAAUCGUUUUAUCAACCUGUUUUACCUUAUAACUCCUCCAUCCACGUUAAUAACUAUUUAUAAUCACAGUCUUGUAUGCAUCUCUGAUAUAAAUACACAUUCUAAAUAUAUAAUAGUCCCAGCUUUCCGUCCGCCGCGCUCGACAAACCAACCGUCCUCAGUAUCAAAUCGAAUCAAUUUUUCUCAAGCCACAAUUACCUCAAAACCGUCGAUCGAAUAAACGAUUUCCCUAAUCGAAAACCAUGCCUGAACAGCAGCACAACCAACGUCAAGUGUUUCUCCCAACCUUGCUUUACCAAAAUUGUGUUUAGUGCGUGUGCGAAAUGUCGCAAGGAACGCAAUUAAAACGCAGCCAAAAGACGGAAUUUUCGCCGAUUGUGACUCGCGAACGCAGUUUCGUUCGACCAAAUAAAGACCCACAGAAGAGGCGAAGCCAGACGAUGGCCACGAUCAAAGGCAAACCCACCAUGGAAAUCUACAGACCUCCGAACGUGCGAACCGACAUUCCCAACUCGGGAAAACUAAACGUGCAUGCGAAGGAAUUCACAAUGAGUCACGAGUUGCAACCGUCGAAAUCGAGUGGAAAUUUGGCCGGAAAUUUCGACCCGAUUCAGCUGCAACAUUCGAAAUCCAGCGGGAAUAUUUUAAGACAUCCGACUUUGAUUCCGAUUAUUUCGACUCCGCUACCCUUGCCGCUGCUACACUCGACCUCCUCCUCGCACAUCUUGAACUUGCCGAGGGUUAGUUACCAAUUCGGGAACGAAAUUUUGGCACAUAAUAUCUUCACACAAAAGCAUACUCCAGUUCAGACCAAUUGGAAUAACUACCAACAGAGCAACAAUUUGGCAAAUUUGAAGCGUUCCAAAAGUCUGGGGGCCUCAGAUUCGCACAAUUUAGCCGCGAAGCUCAAAGAAAUGGCCAAGGAAGACAUCGACGUUGGGAUUUUCCCCGCCGAACACCAAGCCAACUUAAAACUAGCCAUGGAGGACCCUAACCAGAUCUCCUCGCGAGUAAUUAUGGACUUGGUCAAAGUCAUAAUGGAGCAAGUGGUGGAAGGUAUGCGAUAUUGCGAAACUGGAGCCAAGCUGUGUUUGUCCAUAAUCGAAAAAGAGCAAAACCAGACGUUCCUUGAAUCCCUUCUAAACAUGUGUCAACAGUGGUACCAAGAACGGGACAAAAUCCUGCGGGGUGUUAAAGCCGGAGACGGGACGAGAUUCACAGCUUUCAUGUGGUUUUUGACUGAGAUGUGUGGUCAGUUGAAACGACACCAUAUUAAAGAACAAUACGAGGCCCUCCAACCCGAUUUGGUGCUCCUUUCUGUACUCGCCAAAUGCUGCCAGGCUUGUGUCAGUCUGCCGAUCAAGUGUCUAUCGGAGACGGAAUGUCUCUUCUUUGUGCUGACAUCGAUUGGAAGGGAUUUGGAGACGGAGUUACCUCAACAGUUGGAGCAGUUGUUGGCCAGUGUAAGGGAUGGAUUUUUGGCCAGUGCUGGGGCGCCGGCUGUAAGACGUACUCUUCUGCAGUUGAUCGAGUUGCAUGCGUCCAAUUGGCAGUUGCCGGGAUCGUCGGUUUUGUAUUAUUAUCCCAGGAUAAAGUGAAGGACUAAAUUGUAAUGUCGUGGACCAAAAGAAUGUGUGUGCGUGGAGAUGAAAGUUUCAUUUAUGUGCUGUAACACUUAGUUCAGUUACCACUCAAAAAACUGUAAAUUCAAUGUUUCAAUAAACAGAAUUUUUAACAUA